ACCUAAUUUCUAUCUAUGGUACAAAAUCAAAGAGUAGGAUAUAGCUUGUUUACGGAAAAAUGUCAGAUAUUCUCAUAAAAGCUAAAUAAAUGUCUAUUGUGUGUAUAGUUUGCAUAAUGUACUAUUUUAGUUUUAAACUCCAACUCCAGUGUUUGUCCAGUCUGCUCUUCUCAGUCUGGCCUCAGUCCAAAACCACACCUGCUGCAGCCUGAGAAGCAGGAAGUGAGAGAAAACAAAACUUAAUCAUAUCAGUGUUUGUGGUAAAAUGGCAGAAGCCAGUAUUGCAGUGGAUCAGACCCAGUUCAGCUGUCCAAUCUGUCUGGAGUUACUAAAGGAUCCAGUAGCUAUUCCCUGUGGACACAGUUACUGUAUGAGCUGCAUUAAGAGCUGCUGGGAUCAGGAGAAUCGGCGUGGAGUUUACAGCUGCCCACAGUGCAGACAGACCUUCAUAUCCAGACCUGUUCUGGCCAGAAACACCAUACUGGCUGAAGUGGUGGAGAAACUGAAGAAGACUGGACUACAAGCAGCUACUCCUGCUGACCAUUAUGCUGGACCUGGAGAUGUGGAGUGUGAUGUCUGUACUGGGAGAAAACACAAAGCUGUCAAGUCCUGCCUGGUGUGUCUGGCCUCUUACUGUGAAACUCACCUCCAGCCUCACUAUGAGUCUCCAGCUUUUAAGAAGCACAAGCUGACUGAUGCCACUGGACAUCUGCAGGACAAGAUCUGUUCCCAGCAUGAUAAACCCCUGGAGGUCUACUGCCGUACCGACCAGCAGUGUAUCUGUUAUCUCUGUACGAUGGAUAAACACAGAGGCCAUGAUACAGUCUCAGCUGCUGCACAAAGGGAGGAGAUACAGAAACAAAUGGAGGAAACACAGAGAGAAUUUCAGCAGAGAAUUCAGAUGAGAGAGAAGGAGCUGCAGGAGCUGAGAGAGGCUGUGGCCUCAAUCACAAGCUCAGCACAGUCAGCAGUGGAGGACAGCGAGAGGAUCUUCACUGAGAUGAUCCGCUCCAUUGAGAGAAGACGCUCUGAGUUGAUACAGCUGAUCAGAGAUCAGGAGAAGGCUGCAGUGAGUCAGGCUGAAAGACACAUGAAGAUACUGAAGCAAAAGAUUGAUGAACUGAAGAGGAGACACUCUGAGCUGGAGCAGCUUUCACACACAGAGGAUCACAUCCAUUUUCUGUAGAGGUUCCAGGGUCUUCCUGUCAACCCUGAAGCUGGAUUUGGACCCAGAAUCUCUGUCAGUCCAAGAUCUGAUUUUGGGAAUUUAAGGAAGGGGGUUUCUGAACUGAAAGAUCAACUGGAGAAUGUUUGCAGAAAGAAAAUGGCAGAGAUCCAUCAUACAGUUACCAAAGACACCAUCCUACCGGUAUUAGUGCCCAGGACCAGAUCAGAAUUCUUACAAUGUGAGUCUGUUCACACACACGCUUCUCUCUCCCUGUAUGAGGUGGAGUGUGUUUUACUGUGUUUCGUUUUCUUCUGCUAGUGGAGCUUCUCUUUCUCUCUCCCGCUGCCUUCUGGUCUUUCACAUUUACAUGAGCUGUUUAUGGCAGUAACCUUUCAAUCCAAUUGCGAAGCAAGGCAAGUUUAUUCAGGCUGCUUUUCCGCUGCACCAGGUACGGUACAUUUGGUACUUUCCCAUUUCCAUUGACUUUGGGUCGAGUACCAGUACCAAAAGUUCCAGUACACAAAGUACUAUUGUUUUUUUGGUACCUCGGAACUUUG